UUUUCUUUCCAGUCUGCAGUCUUUGCUAGCUUCUGACCAGCCAUUUCGUUUGUUUGGCUGAGACCACCCAGCUACUGUCUCACCAUGGAUCAAGUCAGUAUGAGUCAAGAAGAGGUUGAUUAUCUAUCCAAUAUUAAGAAACCAUCCGCCGACACUGAAGCUGUCGAGGAGGCCCAGCGACAGGAAAUCACUGAAGUUCUGGGAGAUAAAUUCCCAGUUGAUUCCGGCAAUUCGGCCGCUCCUGCUGCUAUCGCUGAUGCCGAAGAACCCGCUGCUCAAGAACCACCCGUGGAGAAAAAUGAGGAUGAGGAUGCAGACGAUGAGGGAGACUGGCUGGAUGUGCUGGGAAGUGGAGCCUUGAAGAAAAAGGUUCUGAAAGCAGGUAUCAGUGAGCAGAAACCUGAACAUGGCACUCGAGUUACAAUCCGCUACCACACUUUUCUCAUGGAUGACACCUGUGUGGAAGGCCCCGUGGACGCUACCAUCACUUGCGGAGAUUGUGACAUUGUUCAAGCAUUUGAUAUGGCGUUGAUGUUGAUGACGGAAGGAGAGUUAGCGCUAAUUGAGACUUCAUCACGUUUUGCCUACAAGGAUCAGGAAAGGAUUGUGAAACGAGCAUCUAAAGAGGACGCUGUCAUUCCGGCCGAGUCAAAACUUCGUUUCGAGGUUCUGCUGAAGGAGAUUCACGCCACCCCGCAACACAGCUCAGUGAGCAUGGAGUGGAUAAUGGAUGAAUGUGAGAUCAAGCGCAAGCGUGGAAAUGAACUGUUCCGCAUUGCAGAUUACGGACAAGCGAUUUGGUCUUACAAGAAAGCGCUGGAGUGGUUAGAUAACGAUGACAAGGCGAAAAAGAUAAAAUCACCAACCGCCGAAAUCCGCGAGAUGACAGUCAGCGUGUGGAACAAUGUGGCACAGGCCUACAUCAAGUUACAACAAUGGACGGAGGCAUUGGAUGCCUGUCAGAGAGCAUUAAAGAUUGAACCAGACAACGUCAAGGCUCUGUAUCGUGCAGCUAAGGUGCAUGAAGAGAAGAAAAACUUUACAGAGUGUAUCAAGGUACUUGCCAAAGCUAACACCGUGGACCCAAGCAAUAAGACUGUGAGCACUAUGUUGAAUGACAUACGCCAGCGUCACAACGCUCAACGGGAGAAGGAGAAAGCCAUGUACAGGCGGAUGGUUAGCGGAACAUCAUCUUCAGCUGCUGCCUCGUCAUCUUCGUCAACAUCUGAAUCAUCGCCUUCAUCGUCGGCAAGCAGUAAACCAGAUAAAAAGGAUAGUGUAACCUCCGCAACAGUCACGCUCUAUGCCGGCGCAGCCAUUGUUGCCACAGUCGCAAUGUGUGCUGCUUUCUACCUGGUCAGGUGAUUUCAAUGUUAUCUCCCCGCAUUGGCUAUUCAGUAGGCGGAUGCGGUGCGCUAGUCAAGUGACAAAUUGUCUUGAGUUGAUGAUGUCAUCUUUGUCUGAAGAUGAUGUCGUCAUAACAUUUUGAUGCCAUAAUGAUAGCAUGGCACAGUGAGUGCUGCACGGCGAGGCAAUGUGCUCUGGGAAAGCAGUGCCACCACUGCCCACAGCAACACUACCAGUACAGUAGGGGGAGAGAGGGGACCCUGUGACAUCUUGUACAUGUCUGUGUGUGUAUGUGUGUGUGUGUGUGUGUGUUUUGUUAGUUCUGGCAUCGGUGUGUCCCGCUCAAGCCCAGAUUGUGUCUAGUUGAUGCUCUGUUGCAUCUGUUGUGCACACUCAGUUGGGUACCAGCUUGCCCUUCCCUGUAGUACUAGUAGCAGCAUUGACGUGCACAUGUACACGUGCACGUACGUACGGAUUUGUGUGUAUGCGUGUGUGUGCGUGUGUGUGUGUGUGUACUGCCGCUGUGUCUGUUUGUGCACCCCGCAUACUGUGCCGUGCCGUUUCACCUUUCCGGUGUGAGUUGAACUCGGAGCGCCCUGUUUGUGUUCCGACUGGGCUGCAGUGCCACUGCUGUUCCUCUGGAAUUUGAGCCCUGCCUAGCUGUUCCAGGCCGUCUACCAAGUUCCAUUUUGGUACUUUUCACAAUAGCUCUCUCUCUCUCUCUCUCUCUCUCUCUCUCUCUCUCUCUCUCUCUCUCUCUCUCUCUCUCUCUCUCUCUCUCUCUCUCUCUCUUGCUCUCUCUCUCUCUUGCUCUCUCUCUCUCUUGCUCUCUCUCUCUCUCUCUUGCUCUCUUUCUCUCUCUGCUUACGUGGUGCUCUGCUCUUCGCACUGGCACUUAGCUAUUUCGCUUUCAUCAACAUUUGGGUUUUCCAGUGUUUUUGACGGUAGUUUUUAGGGGAUUCUGGCUAUUUUCUAUUAUCCCGCGUGUAAUUUCCUCAACUCUGACUUUAAUAGGUAACUCACCGUUGUCUAAUUUCAAUAUGAGCAAGGAUAACUUUUCAGUUCGA